AAUGGAUAGCAAUACUUUUGCAAAUAACCCAAUUAUUAUUGAUAUGGUAUUUGAAUAUUAUAAAUUAAAAAGGGUUCAAGUUAAAUAAAAGCAGGGUUUGGAGGAGAUGAUAAACCAAAAGUGAUUUUUAAUUCAUAGUAAAAAAAUCGAAAAAUAAUUAAGUAUUGGACGCCCAAAAUUAAAAGCAUUAUCUGCUACAAAUAGUCAAGAAAUUUAUGUAGGAAAUUAAAUUACAGAUAGUAUAAGAGGGAAUAUGAAAAUAAAAUAUCCAUAUCAGAAAGGUGUAAUUAAGGAUAUUAAUGAUAUGGAUUAAUUAUGGAAAUAUACUUUCUCAGAAUUAAAUGGUAAUCCUAAAGAUGUAAGGUUUAAUUGAUUAAUUAGUAUCCAAUUUUAUUAACUGAACCACCAUUUACUAGUUAAAUCUAGAAGAAGGAGAUUGCAAAAUAAUUCUUUGAAAAUUAUAAUUGUCCUGCUUUAUUCUUUGCAGUUUCUGGAAUUGUUAGUUUAUUUGCAAGUGGGAAAACGACUGGAGUGAUUUUAGAUGUUGGUGAUACAGUAUCAUAAAGCAUUCCAAUUUAUGAUGGAUUUUACAUUUAACAUAGUGCAUAAAGAGUAGAUUUAGCAGGACGAGAUGUAACUGAUAAUUUGAAUAAUUUAUUAAGAAGAUCAGGAUAUAUAUUCACUAAAACUGUAUAUUUUAUAUUUCAUAUUGUUUAGGCAGAAUUCGAAAUUAUCAAGAAAAUUAAGGAGAAGCGUUGUUUCUUGAGUCCAACAAUGAUUGCAGAAGAGAAGUACUAAGAAGAGAGAAAGAUAAAAGAUCAAUUUACGUUACCUGAUAAUAAUAUGAUCGAAAUAAGUUAUGAGAAACAGAGGGCUCCAGAAAUAUUAAUGUCACCAGAAAAGUAUGGUUUAGAAUUAAAUUGUAAAUGAGAUUGCAAUCUACAUAUUACUAGCAAUUCCUGAAAUCCUUGCCAAUUCUAUAUAAAAAGUAGAUUUAGAUUUGCGUAAAACAUUAUACAAUGAAAUUGUAUUGACAGGAGGAACUUCACUGAUGCAAGGUUUUCCAGAGAGAUUGAUAGGAGAAGUUAAAAGAUUGAUUCCAAAAGAUGCUAAAGUAUGUAUUUAUAAUAAUAAAAGGUCAAAAUAUGGGCUCCUCCUGAGAGAAUUACUUUAUGUUGGUAAGGUGGUUCUAUUUUAUCUCAUUUAUCUUCAUUCAAAAGUAUGUGGAUAUAAAAAAAGGAAUUUGAUGAUGAAGGUGAAAGAAUUUUAAUAAAAAAAUAAUUGUGAG